UGGAGGCUGUGAUUAGCGGGCUGAGCCCGUGAGUGAACCUAUGGCAGAGAGACAGCACAGUGCAGGUUCAUAUGUAUGACUCUUACCAUGGACCACAUCAUCUGCUGCCUACUGGUCCUGGGAGCCACAGUGAUGACCACCCAUGCAUGCCCCAAGUACUGUUCAUGCCAGAAUCUCUCCGAGUCUCUGGGGACAUUAUGUCCCUCCAAAGGCCUUCUUUUUGUGCCUCCAGACAUCGACCGCAGCACGGUGGAGCUCCGGCUGGGAGGUAACUACAUCCUCCGAAUCACACAGCAGGACUUUGCCAACAUGACUGACCUGGUGGACCUGACCCUCUCUAGGAACACCAUCAGCUACAUUCAGCCCUUCUCCUUUGGUGACCUGGAAACGCUGCGCUCACUUCAUCUGGACAACAACCGCCUAAUGGAGCUUGGUCCUGAUGAUUUGCGAGGCUUAGUCAACCUGCAGCACCUAAUUGUCAACAACAAUCAACUGGGACGCAUCCAUGAGAAGGCCUUUGAAGACCUGGCACCUGCCUUGGAGGACCUAGAUCUUUCUUACAACAACCUGAUGUCUCUGCCCUGGGACUCAGUCCGACAGAUGAUUAACUUGCACCAACUCAGUGUGGACCACAACCUGUUGGAUUUUAUUCCGGAGGGCACCUUUACUGACCUGGAAAGGCUGGCGAGACUGGAUCUGACGUCAAACCGCUUGCAGAAGCUACCCCCAGACCCCAUCUUUGCCCGAGCCCAAGAUUCAAUGAUCCUGACCACACCAUAUGCCCCCCAGCUAUCCCUAAGCCUGGGGGGGAACCCGCUGCACUGUAACUGUGAGAUGCUGUGGCUGCGCAGGCUUGAGAGAGACGACGACUUAGAGACUUGUGCUUCUCCACCUGCCCUGAAGGGUCGUUACUUCUGGAAUGUAAAAGAGGAAGAGUUUCUAUGUCAGCCACCGCUAAUUACCCAGCACACCCACAGGAUGUUGGUUUUGGAGGGCCAGACAGCCAGUCUACGGUGCGAAGCGACUGGAGACCCUGCCCCUACUAUCCACUGGAUCUCACCUGAUGAUCGGUUGCUUGGAAACUCCUCCCGUACUGCAGUGUUUAGCAAUGGAACCCUGAGUAUCACCAUCACCACCUCCAAGGACUAUGGCACCUUCACCUGCAUUGCCGCUAACGUGGCUGGGGAGUCCGCUGCUUCGGUGGAGGUGUCCAUCGUCCAGCUCCCCCAUCUCAGCAAUGGCACUGGGCAGCCAGCACAGCCAAAGUCAAGGCUCUCUGACAUCACCGGCUCCACCAGGAUUAGCAAGGGGACUCCCAAGAGUCAGCCAGAGAGGGCGGUGUCCGUGUCCGAGGUGACGGCUGUUUCAGCAUUGGUCAAAUGGACGGUCAGCAAGUCGGCGCCCAAAGUAAAGAUGUACCAGCUCCAAUACAACUGCUCCGAUGAUGAGGUUCUGAUUUACAGGAUGAUCCCAGCCUCCAGCAAAGCUUUCUUGGUGACAAAUCUAGUGUCGGGGACCCGCUAUGAUCUGUGUGUGUUGGCUGCCUGGGACGACACCGCCACUACGCUCACAGCCACUAAUGUCGUGGGCUGCACACAUUUCUUCACCCAGGAUGACUACCCUCAGUGCCAGUCUCUGCCCAGUCAGCUGCUGGGAGGCACCAUGAUCCUGGUGGUGGGAGGCAUCAUCGUAGCCACGCUGCUGGUGUUCAUCGUCAUCCUCAUGGUGCGAUACAAAGCUGCAGACACUGAACCUCCGGUGGGGAAGCUGACCAGCGUAAGCGACACGCACUCUCAGACCAACGGGGGCCGACUCGGGCAAAACGGACUUCUCAUGCCCCAGUCUCAGCCUCAGCCUCAGCCUGAGCCGAAGGUCAAAGCCAAAGUGACUCUGAAAGAUGAGGUUGUGGAGUUCAAGUGCGGCUCCCUUCAGAGUAGCCUCACCUCCUCCUCCUCGUCCUCGGGCUCCAUGGCCGGGGGAUCGCUGAGCCCCAACAGCACACUUGCCAACAUCUGGAGGUCGGCUCCCUCGAAGCCUCGAACCAACCUGGAUCACCUCCUAGGGGCCUUCACAUCACUCGAUCUUCGAGGGGCUCAGGGCCUUGACCCGGGAGCCUCGGGCAGCGCUACGACUGCAGCAGCGAAGCCCCACACAGACAGGGAACCACUGUUGGGCCGGACACUGGACUCCAGCCUCAGCCGGCUCCUCAUGCUGCCUCUGGACUCCAAGCCAAAGAGGAGCCAGUCCUUCGACAUGGGAGACGUAACAGGUGCCGGCAUCUCUCAGCUUUGCAGCAAACCUCGCAGGAUCAGCAGUAUCUGGACUAAGAGGAGCCUGUCUGUAAAUGGCAUGCUGCUGCAGUGCGAAGAGGAGGGGGACACGGGUGGGAGCAAGGGGACGUUAGACAGCGCUGACUGGGUGAUGGAGAGUACUGUCUAG